CCCGGCGCCCCCCGGCCCGGCCCGGCGCCCGCCGCCUGCCCGGCCCCCUGCCACUGCCAGGAGGACGGCAUCAUGCUGUCGGCCGACUGCUCUGAGCUCGGGCUCUCCGCCGUGCCAGGGGACCUGGACCCCCUGACGGCUUACCUAGACCUCAGCAUGAACAACCUCACGGAGCUUCAGCCUGGCCUCUUCCACCACCUGCGCUUCUUGGAGGAGCUUCGCCUCUCUGGGAACCAUCUCUCACACAUCCCGAGACAAGCGUUCUCUGGUCUCUACAGCCUGAAAAUCCUGAUGCUGCAGAACAACCAGCUGGGAGGAAUCCCCGCAGAGGCCCUGUGGGAGCUACCGAGCCUGCAGUCUCUGCGCCUAGAUGCCAACCUCAUCUCCCUGGUCCCGGAGAGGAGCUUUGAGGGGCUGUCCUCCCUCCGCCACCUCUGGCUGGAUGACAAUGUACUCACGGAGAUCCCUGUCAGGGCCCUCAACAACCUCCCUGCCCUGCAGGCCAUGACCCUGGCCCUCAACCGCAUCAGCCACAUCCCUGACUACGCCUUCCAGAACCUUACCAGCCUUGUUGUGCUGCAUCUGCACAACAACCGCAUCCAGCACCUGGGGACCCACAGCUUCGAGGGGCUGCACAAUCUGGAGACACUGGACCUGAAUUAUAACGAGCUGCAGGAGUUCCCCGUGGCCAUCCGGACCCUGGGCAGACUGCAGGAACUGGGGUUCCACAACAACAACAUCAAGGCUAUCCCAGAAAAGGCCUUCAUGGGGAACCCUCUGCUGCAGACAAUACACUUUUAUGAUAACCCAAUCCAGUCUGUGGGAAGGUCUGCGUUCCAGUUCCUGCCCAAACUGCACACGCUAUCCCUGAACGGUGCCAGGGACAUCCGGGAGUUCCCAGAUCUCAAAGGCACCACCAGCCUGGAGAUCCUGACCCUGACCCGCGCAGGCAUCCGGCUGCUCCCACCAGGGAUGUGCCAACAGCUGCCCAGGCUCCGCGUCCUGGAACUGUCUCAUAAUCAAAUCGAGGAGCUGCCCAGCCUGCACAGGUGUCAGAAGUUGGAAGAAAUUGGCCUCCAACAUAACCGCAUCUGGGAAAUUGGAGCUGACACCUUCAGCCAGCUGAGCUCCCUGCAAGCCCUGGACCUAAGCUGGAACUCCAUCCGGUCCAUCCACCCUGAGGCCUUCUCGACCCUGCACUCCCUGGUCAAGCUGGACCUGACAGACAACCAGCUGACCACACUGCCCGUGGCCGGACUUGGGGGCCUGAUGCAUCUGAAGCUCAAAGGGAACAUGGCUCUAUCUCAGGCCUUCUCCAAGGACAGUUUCCCAAAACUGAGGAUCCUGGAGGUGCCCUAUGCCUACCAGUGCUGUGCCUACGGUGUGUGUGCCAGCUUCUUCAAGGCCUCUGGGCAGUGGGAGGCCGAGGACUUUCACCUUGAUGACGAGGAAGCUCCAAAAAGGCCCCUGGGCCUCCUUGUUGGACCAACAGAGAACCACUAUGACCUGGACCUGGACGAGCUCCGGCUGGAGAUGGAGGACUCAAAGCCAUACCCCAGUGUUCAGUGUAGCCCUAUUCCAG